UUUGUUUUUGUUUGUGUCUUUAUCCUAUUGCGUGCUUUUUCGUUAACUUUGUGAAUAGCGAGUGAUUUUCAAGAAUUCUUCAGUUUACUGACUGAAAAUAUUCUACUCCACUAGUUUUUCUGAUAAAAUGGAUUACAAUAUUCAUAAAAUAUGCAGAGUGUGCUUGGAAGAAGGCGCUGUGACUUCAAUUUUCAGCACUGAGUUUGCUAUGAUGCCUUCUACAAUGCUAAUGCUAGUGUCAAAAGUCAGGAUUUAUAAAAUGGAUGGAUUGCCAUCAGUUAUUUGUAAUAAUUGCAUUUAUCGCUUGGGAGCUGCAUAUCAUUUUAAGCAAGAAUGUGAAAAUUCCGAUAUUCGACUCAGGCAGUAUCUUGGGGUAUUGGAUCGGGGAUUUGGAUAUUGCGAUGCCGAGACCAUGACAGAUCCUUAUUUAAGCGAACCAUCGAAGAAAAUUUUCGAUGAUGACGACGAUGAAGAUGAAGACGAUAAGAAAGUUAAACUGAAGAAAAGUAAGCGGAGAAGCCGAUACAAACGAAAGCUGCCCGAAGAACACAAGAAACGAGGUCCAAAACCUGCCCCUAAAGUAUCUCAAACGUGCUAUCAUUGCAAUAAGACCUUCAAAUGUACUGCGCAGCUUCAAAUGCAUAUAAGAACCCACACUGGUGAACGUCCCUACGCCUGCAAUUAUUGUCCACGACGCUUUGCUCAAAAAUAUAAUCUUCUCGUCCAUACCCGCACACACACUGGCGAGCGGCCAUUUCAAUGUGAAAUUUGUAGCAAACAAUUCUCAACAUUAGGAAACUUCCACGCACAUCAAAAAAUUCACACAGGUGUUCGCGAUCAAAUUUGUCCUGUUUGCAAUAAAGCAUUCUACAGUUCCGGAGAUUUAGCAAAACACAUGGUGACUCAUACUGGCAUAAAAAACCACGUCUGCGACGUGUGUGGCAAGGCGUUUAGUCGCAAUAGGGACAUGGUGGCGCAUAAGAAAAAAAUCCACUUGAAUGAUCGAUCAUCGGAGAAUUUCAAAUGUCCGGAGUGCUAUAAGGUUUUCGCAACUUCUAGUAAUUUAAGCGCACACUUUCGAACGCACGGUGGCGGCUUGUUAAUGCAACCCACAUUGCAGCCACCAACGGUUCCAGCUCCAGUUGCACCUACAGCGAUUGGUGGAAGUUUGAGUGGGAGCUUGGGUCCGUCGACUUUGGGUGUUGGAAUUGGGCUACCACCACCUCCGCCACCAUCUGCAACGGGCCUGGGAAUGAUAUCACAUUCGCAAAGUACGCUGGGCAUGAUGCAUCCUCAGAGAAUUCAUCCGUAUUAAAAAUAUAAAGAUAAAACCGUAA